CACAGCCACCCGAAGUGAGCGGACGUGCCGUCGGCGCUCUCCGGACCCCGAAAUCUGCCCGAAGAGAACGUACGUGCCGUCGGCGCGCACUCCGAACCGAUCCGACGUGAGCUUUGGCCGUCGCCCCCUGCCCGGGCCUCCCGAGGCGCGAGCUUUGCCCGUCGCCCCCCGCCCGGGCCUCCCGAGGUGCCGUGCGCUGUAUGUGCCAGUCACCACGGAAUACGCACGAAUCCCCUCCGUUUGCGCCGCUGCCGACCGCUAAACCUACAUCCGAACUUUUUUGGACCGUAUCGAUGUCGGAAAGUCUGCUCCUGGCCAGCCGCCGCACUGGGUCUUGCCUCGCUAGAGGCUAGGCCAAUCACUGGUAGCGCACCCACCCCCAACAGCCAUGGAGGUGCAAUCGCAGGGCGAAGACCUCGACCCGACAACGUUCAGACCCAGUGAGUGGACCACGAUACUCCGCGCGUACAAGGGAGGCAAACCAAGCCCGGAAACGCUGGUUGUGCCUCCUCAUGCAGCCCCUGUUCGAGAUAAGCCUGCCGCGCCCGCCGUCGGUGCUCCGGCCGACACUGCCCCUGCGACCUUCAAGCCGACAUACCGUGCUCAACAACAACAGCUGCGCGUGACGCACGCAAUCGCAUUGCGAAGUAAGCAACUUGCUUCACUCCCUCCCGGCACUAUAAGGGUAGUCUUCCGACCAAGAGGAGGCCUCGCUUUGAACGGAGCCAUGGCGCAGCCACUCAUGAAAGCUCUGCGAGUCACCGCCGCUGACCGGGACCUAGGAGAGUUUCACCUCCGGAUUCACCCGACGAAUAACACCUUCACGGUCGCUACACCUCACGAGUCAACGGCCCUUCACCUCGUCCAAAUCAAGGAAGUGAUCCUUCAAGAAACCAGUUACCCCGUCGCCGCCUACAUCGCACCGCCGCCCGCUGCUGCGCGCGGAGUCAUCUCGCAAGCCUACUGGGCGGAAACACCGGAAGAGAUGCUACAAGACCUCCAGACUCGCAACCCGGAAGCUGAUAUCAUCGCAGCCCGCAGAAUGGGUAGGACCCUUUCCAUAUUGAUUACAUUUGCGCAUGGCCCAGUCCCUCACACCAUACGCUACAUGAGUGUAGUGCAUAGAUGCACGGCGUACAAGGGAAGUCCAGACGCGUGCACAAACUGUCGUCGACCGGGCCACAGACACGACGUGUGCCCCCACCCCAAGAGUGGUCUCUGCCCGCGGUGCGGGGACAAGCAUGAGCUGCAAGAUGUUCCCUCCUGCAUCCCGAUCUGCAUUCUCUGUGGGGGGCAGCACCUCACGGGCACCGGCUCGUGCAAGGCAAGAAAUACCGCCACCAAACGACUUAUCCCACCGCCCCAGAAGUCAAAGUUCCCCACCAAGAAGGACUUUCCCCCGCUUAGCACGACCCUCCCGUCUACCUCUACAUGGGCUUCCAAGGUUGCCAAGACGAACAUCAUGACUUCCCAGGACUCGGACGUGAAGGCUCUGCGGGAUGAGGGACAGCCCGCCAUCUCAAGCUGGGAGGACUGGGAGGUCCUGCUCUCGUCGACGGACCCAACAUCGCAGGUUACUGCGGUGGCUCGGGCUGCCGACGUCAUGAGCAAAAGGAGCAUGAACGUUACGACGUAG